AAACAAUUUCUGCUGGGAUCGCUGAUCAACGUCUGAAGUCACCAGUCAACAGUUUUUGGUGAGCUUCUUUCACGACGUGGUCAAUUAUUUAAUUCUCGGUCUUCAAUAUUUAUGCGAAAUACUAGUAAGUGCGCUGUAUCUUUCCCGUCACAUCUUUGCCUUUACUACUAUUCGGAAGGUUUUUGAAAGGUGAAAUCUAACACUCGACCGCAAAAAAAAAGCAUUCCUGAGAUGGCGGAUGAAGCACACGACAAUGGGACAAGCAACGGAGACGUUCCAGAAAUUGAACUGAUAAUCAAGGCUUCAACGAUAGAUGGAAGACGAAAAGGCGCCUGUCUUUUUUGUCAAGAAUACUUCAUGGACCUUUACUUACUAGCCGAAUUGAAGACGAUUUCCCUUAAAGUAACAACCGUUGACAUGCAGAAGCCACCCCCAGACUUUCGCACCAAUUUCCAAGCAACUCCCCCGCCCAUUUUGAUUGACAAUGGCGAUGCUAUUCUGGAAAAUGAAAAAAUUGAAAGACACAUCAUGAAGAAUAUUCCAGGUGGACAUAAUCUCUUCGUUCAGGAUAAAGAAGUUGCAACACUCGUCGAGAAUCUUUUCACUAAAUUGAAGCUCCUGUUUUUAAACGCAAAAGAAAAGGACAAAGACCCAAAAUCGUCUUCAUUAAUGGCACAUCUGCGCAAGAUUGACGAGCACUUGGGACGCAAAGGCACUAGAUUCUUGACUGGCGACACCAUGUGCUGCUUCGACUGCGAGUUGAUGCCCCGUUUACAGCAUAUCAGAGUCGCUGGAAAGUAUUUUGCAGAUUUUGAAAUACCAGAAACACUGGUAAACUUAUGGAGAUACAUGCACCACAUGUACAGACUAGAUGCAUUCCUGCAGAGCUGUCCAGCUGAUCAGGACAUCAUCAAUCAUUAUAAACUACAGCAGAGUAUGAAAAUGAAGAAACACGAGGAGCUCGAGACACCCACAUUUACCACCAGUAUCCCCAUCGAGGUUAAUGACGAUUAGACAUCGAAAUUAUCUUUAUGGGAUGAAAAACGAUGGCGAAAAAAUAAAUUUCCUUUCGGUCUUGGUACAAGUCCCUGUGGGUCUACUGGAACAUUGAAUCAAAGUGUUUUCAGAAAUUAUAAAGAAACAAUCUGUCGCUAUUUCCUAAAAACUUCGAUACAGUUGACUAAUGUGUCUUAUAUUUUCAGACUUUCAGAAAAAUAUAUAAUUAAUCUCAAAGUACAUACCUUGGCAAUACUGGAAGUGUUCAAAAAGAAUUCAAUUAAGAGAUUUCCAAUUGAAUAGCGAGGGAAUAAAAUAGUUUGAAUUAUCAAUAAAUAUCUAUUUUAUGAAGAGGAAUAUCGAUAUUGCAAAAAAAAAAUUUUACAGCCAAGUAGGCGCAAAGCUUUACCUAAACAAUUUAUUUUUACAUUUAGAGACGUCUGAAUUCAAAUUAAGAUUUUGUCAAAGGCUCAGUUGUAAAUCUUCGAAAUCUUAAAGCAAAGUAUUUUUCCUUACUGCUUUUCAUCACUUCUCAUCUGGACAUUAGUAUUACAUAUUCCCCAAACUCGAAAACUAUUUUUAAGCAUUCUCAUAAACCAAAUUACUAUCUCGAUCAAAUUCCUAAACACUGAAUGAAAACUAACGGAUUCCGCUCUUCGGCAAUGAAUUGUUGGAACUAUGACGUAUGUUCUUGAAACAACCUCUUGUUACUAGUAUGUGAAUUAUUGGUUCUUCUUUACGUCUUGUUUAUUACUUCUUCUAUUUAGAAAUAUGCGGUAAUGCUUUAUGCAAAGCCAAUCAAAACAGAUGAACACUCGGGGUAGGAAUCAUAUAAAGUUGCUUGAUGAUAAGUUGUGACCUAUCUUCCUUUAGCAAAAUGAAAAAAAUGUAGAAAUAACGUGUAAUUUGAGCAUUAAAUUUGCAUGAACAGCUGGAAAAAUUGUUCUGUGUCAAAUUUGAAAGAUACCACAAACUUCACAACUCGCGGGUAAAAUUCGAUAAAUUCACCUAAUUUUUUUUCCCUGAAAUUCUGUUGACUUGUGCUGCUAUUCUAUACAAAGCUUCUGCAGAAAGUUUUAGAAUAGUAUUAAAACAUUUUAUGUAUUUUUUCGUUGAUUCCUAUUAAAAACCAUGUCACAUUCUUAUCUAAAUAUUGAAUAAUUAUUUUAUGAAAAAAAAUCACUGAUUAUAUGCAUCAUUCUUCUGGAAUAUUUGGUUUUAAAAUUGAGCAAUCCCUGAAAAAAUAGAGCACAGAAAAAGAUCAAUUUUCCUUUGGCUUAUUAAAGUCGGUGGGUUUAAACGCGUUUUGAAUGUGUGGGCUAUUUUCUCCUGGUCGACUUCUCCUGCCUACCAAAUCUGAGAAAGCAAAUUGGAAUAAUUAUAACACCCAUGGAUUCUCUAUGUAAUUGUAAACGAUGUGUGGUUGCCAAUUCGAAGGAAAGCAUUGUCUAUUGAAUUUAUCUAUUGAAUUGGUUCAUCACGUGAGAACCUUUCGUUAUUGUUCAGAUUGUACUUAAGUUAGAAAUUAGUCAUGGUAUUUUUUUUUCUCAUUAACACCGAUUAAUUCAUUUUUUUCUUUUUUGUGUUUUUCUGUAAACAGAAACACCUGAAAUUUAUGGCGAGCCUGUUUUAUAAAAAUAUAAUGUACUUGACUAGUGGUAUUUCUAUAUUAUUAAUAAAGAUUAUUGUAAUAUUACGUAACCGUUUGGUUUAUACGCUUGAAUGAAAUAAAUUGGAAUUAUAAACGUG